GAAGUUCUGGCCGCGGCAGUUUCAAAAAUACCAAGGAAGUUGAUCUGGGCUCAGACCCAAGAAGUGACGAGGCUGGGAGAGGGAGGAGAGGGAGCAGGAGGCACGGGAAGCCUGGAUCAUACACUUGGAGUUUGGAUUUUAGUGGGAAAGAGGGUGACUCCUUGCUGUUGGGCGAGUGGGUAGGAAUGGCAGAACAGAACAGCUGUGUCAGCUCCAGGUUGUAGGCAGCAAAUUCUAGAGGAGAAGGAGCCAGUGUGGGGUACGAUUCUCACCUGGGGCAUGAAUUAAAAUCCUCAGAUUCCAGGCCUUUGAGGGAGCCCUAAGGGAGGUCCAGAGGCUAAGGAUGAGCACCGAAAGCUAAUCCUUUCCUCUUCGUAGUUCUUGAGUUUGAGAAGGGCACCCAAGAUGCUUUCUAUGGUCCUCUAAGGGGCCACCUGCCAUCCAGUCUCGGACCUCUAAAGCUACCCCCCCCCCCCAGAUCAUACCAAGAAGCAUCCAAAGCUCUCCAAGAGCCACUCUCACCACCUCCCACUUCUGGCUUCCGGCUCGAGACCAUGAAAGACUCUGGAGCAAGGAUCCCAGCACCAUUCAAGGCUGCCUCCACUGAGGCAAGAGCCAAUGUAAGACGAGAUUCAGGACUGAAAAGGCUAACUAUGGACCACUGGGCUAGCUCUGACCCUGCUCCAACUGAAAGAGUGAGGUCCACUGGAGGCGACGGAGAAGCCUUAUGUGUAGCUGAAGAGGAACCUGUUGGAGAAGAGGAGGAAAUGCCAGCAUUCCCAUGCACCCAGAAUGGCCCAGCAGGGCCCAGCUGUAGCCGCUGUCAGAAGAACCUGUCCCUGCACACCUCCGUGAGAAUUCUGUACCUCUUCUUGGCCCUCCUGCUCGUGGCUGUGGCCGUGCUGGCUUCACUGGUUUUUAAGAAGGUUGACUCUCUCUCAGAGGAUAUCAGCAUCACCCAAUCAAACUAUGAGAAGAAGAUUGUUUCGGUGCAGGAAAACCUCCAGGAACUAGACCAGAAAGCCCUAGGCAAUUGCUCCUUCUGCCAUGACACGGGGCAGUUGGGACAAGAGAUUCACAAACUUCAGCAGGAGCUGGAGGAAAUCCAGAAGAUGCUUCUUGUCCAGGAGAUUCAGCUGGACCAGACAUCUCAGACCCAUCAGCAGCUCUUCUCUACCAGCAAUCAAAUCACUGCCGUGGUAGACAGCUGCUCCUUCUCCAUCCACCAGGUCAACCAGACUCUGGGGCAAUUCCUGGCUCAGGUGAGAGGCUGGCAGGCUGCCAUGGCUGGACUGGACUUUUCACUAAAGGGCCUGACCCAGGAUUGCUAUGAUGUCAAGGCAGCCGUCCAACAGAUUAACUUCACGGUGGGGCAGACCUCGGAUUGGGUCCACAUGAUCCAGAGGAAGACAGAAGAGGAAACCUUGACCCUGCAGAAGAUGGUCAGUGAAUGGCAGAACUACACCCGGCUCUUCAGUGGCCUGCGGGCCACCUCGGCCAAGACCGGGGAAUUGGUCAAAAGCAUCCAGACCAGCCUCAGUUCUGCUUCCCAGCGUAUCAACCAGAAUUCUGAGGGCAUCCAUGACCUGGUGUUGCAAGUGAUGGGCCUGCAGCUGCAGCUGGACAAUGUCUCAUCCUUCCUGGAUGACCAUGAGGAGAACAUGCAUGACCUGCAGUACCACACACGUUAUGCCCAGAACCGGACUGUGGAGCGUUUUGAGACCCUGGAAGGCCGUAUGACUUCCCACGAGAUCGAGAUCAAUACCAUUUUCACCAACAUCAAUGCCACAGACAACCACGUACACAGUAUGCUCAAGUACCUGGACGAUGUCCGGCUGUCCUGCACACUGGGCUUCCACACUCACGCUGAGGAGCUCUACUACCUCAACAAGUCUGUCUCCAUCAUGCUGAGCACCACAGACUUGCUGAGGGAGCGCUUCAGCCUGCUCCGAGCCCGACUGGACUUUGACAUCCAGAACCUCUCGAUGGUCAUGGAGGAAAUGAAGGCUGUGGAUGUCCGGCAUGGAGCAAUACUCCAGAACGUCACUAUCCUAAGAGGCAUCCCUGGACCUCCAGGACCAAGAGGACUCAAAGGCGACAUGGGGGUAAAAGGACCUUAUGGGAGCAGGGGUCCCAAAGGAGACAAUGGCACUAUGGGCCCCCCUGGUCCUCAGGGCCCUCAAGGUCAGCCUGGUAAAGCAGGGCCAGCAGGUGAAAGGGGACCCAUUGGCUUCAAAGGUUUCCCAGGCCUUAAGGGAUCUAAAGGCAGCUUUGGAUCAUCAGGACUAAAAGGACAGCCAGGUCCCAAGGGUGAUAUGGGACCCCAGGGGCCAGAAGGACCCCCAGGUUCUCCAGGUCCUCCAGGACCCCAGGGCAAGCCAGGGAUUGCUGGGAAAACAGGGGCACCAGGCCAGGUUGGGCCUACAGGUCCAAAGGGUGACCCUGGCAUACAAGGUCCCCAGGGUCUCCCUGGGCCUCCAGGGCUUCCUGGAAACCAGAGCCCCUACUGAAUAGAGUCCACUUCCUAGAAAUGCUGCCACACAAAAAGUCUAGGGAAAGAGACUGCCCCCAAGCAGCCCAGGGCCCUGUCAAGGAAGAAGCAUCUCCUCAAAGACAACUGUGCUUCCUUCAUCUCCAUUGGAAUUCCUCCUGGAUCUGACCCUGUCCAUUUCCAGCUUUCAAAGGACUUCCUGCUUGCUACUUUGACUAGAACCAGAGGGGAUCUUCAAAUCCUACACAUUGUUGCCCCCAAAGGCUGCUGCCAGAUAAAGAAGUCCCCACUACUCAAUUAAUGGGACUAAACUUUUUAAUGCUUAGUGAUCCCACUAAUGGCAAUGGGGAUGAUGAUGAUGGUAAUGAGGACAAUGGUGGUAGUGGUGGUGGUCAUGAUUGUGGUGGUGAUCACCAUGAAGAUUGAUGAUGAAGAAGUAGCAACUCUCUUCUUAAUAUUCUUCUUUCCCAUAAAGCCUUUCUCUAACUGGAGUAGCUUUGAGAGGGUGAAAGUACAAGUCAUGAGGAGGAGCAGAUGGGUCUGGGAGUGCCCAUGUAGGUGGGAAUUGAGCAAAUCACUGUGUGGGAGUCAAUGCAUAAAUAUAGUAGUGACUGCCCAUGAGAGGGGGUUGAACCAGAAUCAUCACUGGUAUGUCAAAUAUUCUCUCCUAUUCUCCCAGCAUAUCUAAUAUGUCUAGGGCCAUCUGUGUACUGGGUGUGCCAAGUUUGGAGGAGGCAGAAAGGAAUUCCCUGCUUGUGGAGAACUUUAUGGAGUAGGUCUAUUUGGCCAUCAAAAAAAAAAAGCCUCUUGGUUUGAAUUGUACCAUAUUUGAAGUGACUUAUAGAGGGAGAACUUCAGAGAGAGCUUUUCUCAAUUGGAGUAAAAAGUUGUUGGCCAGGCCAUCCUCAGGACCCUAUCUCUGGUUUCGACUGAAAGCCUCCUCACUCCUUAUUGGAGAUGUGGCAGCCCAAUGGGAACUGAUAUGGAAGGAAAGGGCAUCUUCACUUUAGAGAGAAAAUGAAGCAAUUAGAAGUAGACCCUAAAGUUUGGGUUUGGGUCUGGAACUGUAAUUUGAUUAGCAUAGGAAACUCCUGGUAAGGCAACCCCCUUCACUAACACAGACCAGCACUGCUCUGUAACUUCUAGCCCUAGAAAGCGGUUUAAUGUAGAUUGGUGAAAAUAGAUGGGGAAAUGGAUUGGAAAUGAUGUUUGGAUGAUGGGGAAACAACAAACUGAAGAUGAGGGUCCUGGUUAAACAUGCUCUUAUUUGAAUGCUUCGGGAAGAUAGUUCUCCAUUCAGAGAGAUUCCCCACCCCCCUUCUUCCAGUACAUACACAUGCACACCUAUUACUUCCCUCCUAGGAGGCUGGCCUUCUCUGUUCCCUGAACAAGAGCUCAUUGCUUUGACAAGGGGAUGUCCUGGCAGCAGCAGGUGCCCCCUGCUAACCAGAGCCCUGCCUACACUGCACUAGGUCCAUCUGGCCCAAGCACACAUUGAACAGCUGUUCCUCCUGUCCACGUAUCUCAUGGUCCCACAAGUAAUGCCAUUCUGUUCUCUAAUCCAAGACUAAAAAUUGCCUCCAGCCAAUGCAGGGAUGAGGGACAAGAUCAUACUAGUGGUGGGCAGGGCUCAUCACCUCAAGAUCCAGGGCAGGGCCCUCAAGUGAGUACAGUGUAUGAUCCUCUCGUUUCCCGAUGAGAUACCAACUAUCUCCCUCCCUUCCACCACCCUUAGCUUACAAUAGGCACUCCUGGAGAGAAGUAUCAAUAAAGUCCUUAUAAAAGGCUCAAGAUGCUCAAAGUUAUGGCCCUCUCUGGGCUGUGGGGACCACAGACACUGCCUAUCCUCACAUUUCUGCAGAGUCUCAGCCCCAGACUUUAGGGAAGAGCAGGGUAGGGUCUUUGCCUCCAUAUUGGUUAAUCCGGAAAAGAGCCCUUAUACUACUUGCAGGAGCCUGAAGUAGCAUCGUCAUUUCAUCGUCUUUGUUCUGACUGAUAUGCAACUGGUUUGCAUCUUUCUCCAUUGCUACUGUGUAACCCUCAUAUUGACCUAUAUCACAAAAUAUAGUAUUACUGGAUCAAUAAAGAGAUACUUACCUGA